CCUGAACCAUAUUCAUUCUCUUCUCAACUUAUCCCAACUUCUAUAACGACAUUUAUGUUGAAAGAUGAACACCUACAACGACCUUUCCGCUAUUGCCAGUAGCGAUUCCGUGGAACCUCUCGUGAGACUUAUUAAAGAAGAGUGAGACUGGCUUCACGGAUGACAGAAGGUAUGCAUCGAGGGGGCAGACGCGUAACGUCGUCCACAAUGUGCAGCAAAGAGUACAAUAUUGUUUUCAGCACUCAAGCUUUGAGCUCCUAUAGUAUUGAGUGCGUCUGCAAGCACUACGGUGACCGAGUGUCUCGGGGUGAGGCUAUUGCUCCUGCUUUUACUUGUUCUUCCUUCAAGCUCGAUUCAAAACCCGCCGAAAACGUGUACACUCCGAAAGGUGGUAUUGAAGCGACUGGAAGAACGAGGAAACAGUCAAAGAUGGUCAGACGUCGUCCGAUUCAGUUCGAACUUGAUCUAGCAUUAUGUUAUACGAUAGACGUUGCCAAUAGCCAAAAUCAACCACCGAUCCAAUUUAACUCUAGCUUUCAAUCCGACGGGGUCAUGAUUUCGACGCGUUUUGUUAGCCGUGGCUAUGAUCCACGGUCUUCCUCCCGAAAAGAGUUCCAGCGACUGCCUCGACAGGUCAACCUUGCGAAUCAGCACCGGUGUUUCACCCAACUGUCAAAGGAGCCCCAACGGUUGACCACCAACGACUGGAACAAUCUCGCGUCAUCGGUAUUGACCCAGGUACCCGAUCGAUGGUUACCGUGGUCGAUACCAAUGACGACCUCAACACAAGGAGGAAGCUCCGACAGUAGCAUACCUUUUCCGUGAACAACGGAUAUUACAUGGUCUCCUCCAUGCUCCGUUGGGCUUCACAGAUGGAGCUGAAAAACAGAGUGCACUCAGGAAUCGAGCCAAUGUACGAUGAAUUGAACAGCUUUCCCCCAUCCGCCAUGUCG